AUGAUCCAACCGGUCCACAGUCGAAUCCUGCGGAAUCUCUACCGUGUGGCGUUGCUGGCGGUGUUCGUUCACUCCGCGUUAGCUGCCAGCGAGGACACGAACCAGGACCGCAACCUGAUUGUCGGCGGUUUCCGGGCCCUCAUCGAUGACUUCCCGUACCAGGCCGGGGUGUACUACGCAGGGACGCUCAAGUGCGGCGGCACCCUGAUCGGUCCCCAGUGGAUCCUGACGGCGGGCCACUGUGUGCCGCCGGACAAGACACCGCUCUUUACGAAGGUUAUCGUCGGAACGGCGCAACCGGAACGGGCACAACCCCUCGACGUGAUCCAGGUCCAUCGGCCACCGGCGGAAGGCAAGGCCAAGGGAAUCGACGUGGCGCUCCUGAAGCUCCCGAAGCCGCUGUUCUUCACCGCCAACGUGCAGUGCAUCGACAUGAUGACGUCAUCGGGACGCACGGUGCUGGAGGCGGGUAAACCGGGCACCAUCUCCGGGUACGGGUAUCACCGGGAGGCCGAGUUAUUCGACAACGAUCGUGCGCUGAGAGCGGCCACCGUUACGCUGAUGUCGGACGAAGAGUGUCGGCGGGACUAUGCGAACGCGUCGGACCUGACGUUCUGUGCCGGGUUUCCCGGUGGCCAGGUGGAUAGCUGCCAGGGUGACUCCGGGGGACCGAUCGUGGUGGAGCACGUGCUGGCCGGGGUCACGUCGUGGGGUUUGGGUUGUGCCCGGCCCAACAAACCCGGCAUCUACAUCAAGGUGACGGCGUUCCGGGACUGGUUGGAUGAGGUGGUGGAGUCCCAACCGACGGCCCGGGAGCGUCAGCUCUGUCCGCAAACGACCGACGACAUGGACUACCGAAGAUAA